AGCCAAAAUGAAACACCGGGGAGUUUUAAAAGGUAGAUUCCUGAGUCAGAUCAACACUGCAGCACUGCACAAGUCUCCGAGCCCUACUUGGGAACUGCCUUCUGCACUAUGCAGCCAGUCUCUGCUGUGCAGUCCUCUCUCUCUCUCUCUCUCUCUCUCUCUCUCUCUCUCUCUCUCUCUCUCUCAUUCACACACACACACACACACACUUUUGUGAAAUGUGAGGAGUCACCUGAUGUCCGUCAAUGUUGUCUCCUCUUAAAGAGCAGGCAGUAAAACUCUUCCUUCUAUGGAAGAUUAUUCCCUCCCUCUCUAAGGAUGGCACGUUUAUUUAAAACCAUCGUCUGUGUAUGGCUGCAGCUUGGGGUGCUAAACUGAACUACUUAUUGCAGCACUGAAGAUCUGAGGGACUUAUUCACCUCCCCAUCAUCUUCUUCUUUCUUUCUUUCUUUCCUCUCUUGGAGGAGAGAGCAUCUGUGCUCGUCGGACAAUGCUUUCUCAGAAAUGCUUGGGGUUUCUUUAUUUCACUUUCUAUCUGUGGGCAAACGUGUUAUUCAUCCUCCUUCAAGAUGGCUUGGCAUGCAAAUCUGAAGAAAGGCUGUUUCACAAACUCUUCUCCCGUUACAACCAGUACAUCAGACCUGUGGAAAACGUGUCAGAUCCAGUUACAGUGUAUUUUGAAGUGGCAAUUACACAGCUUGCAAAUGUGGAUGAAGUCAAUCAGAUUAUGGAAACCAAUCUAUGGCUGCGACAUAUUUGGAACGACUACAAACUGCGGUGGAAUCCAAUGGAAUACGAAGGGAUUGAGUUUAUCCGUGUGCCAGCGGAUAAAAUAUGGAAACCUGAUAUUGUGUUAUACAACAAUGCCGUUGGAGAUUUCCAGGUCGAAGGGCGGACCAAAGCUCUUCUCAAAUAUGAUGGUACCAUCACAUGGACGCCACCCGCCAUCUUUAAAAGCUCCUGCCCCAUGGAUAUUACUUUCUUCCCCUUCGAUCACCAAAACUGCUCCCUGAAAUUUGGGUCGUGGACUUACGACAAAGCUAAAAUUGACCUUCUAAUUGUUGGCUCCAAAGUGGAUAUGAACGACCUUUGGGAGAAUAACGAAUGGGAAAUAGUUGAUGCUUCUGGCUAUAAACACGAUAUCAAGUACAACUGCUGUGAGGAGAUCUACACCGACAUCACCUACUCGUUUUAUAUCCGAAGGCUGCCCAUGUUCUACACCAUUAAUCUGAUCAUCCCCUGCCUAUUCAUUUCAUUCCUGACUGUACUGGUUUUCUACCUUCCAUCUGACUGUGGAGAGAAAGUGACCCUUUGCAUCUCUGUCCUACUUUCUCUGACCGUGUUCCUGUUGGUAAUCACAGAAACAAUCCCCUCUACCUCUCUGGUAAUCCCUCUGGUAGGAGAAUACCUGCUGUUCACCAUGAUAUUUGUGACUCUCUCUAUCGUUGUCACGGUCUUUGUACUGAACAUCCACUACAGGACUCCGAUGACUCACACGAUGCCCAAGUGGGUGAAAACCGUUUUCCUCCGUCUCCUGCCCAAAGUCCUGAUGAUGAAGAGACCUGUCCAGAAACACAUCGAAGCCCAGCCUAAGAAAACCAAGAAAAAUGGUGCCGCUAAAUCCAGCAAGCAAAAGGCCGAUGACCCAGGGGAAGCGAAAGUCUACGGCGAGCACAGAUGCUGCCACUGCGACAAACCUAGCGAACUGUCCACGGGUAAGAAAAGGAGACCAAGCCACCAGUCGGCUAAAUGGGGGGAUGAGCAAGCAGAAUACUCCCCUGAGGUCAAAGAAGUAAUUAGCAGUGUCCAGUUCAUCGCAGAAAACAUGAGGAGUCAGAAUGAGACCAAAGAGGUGGAAGAUGACUGGAAAUACGUUGCCAUGGUAAUUGACAGAGUGUUCCUGUGGGUGUUCAUAAUUCUCUGUGUAUUUGGGACUGCAGGAUUAUUCCUACAGCCCCUGAUAGCAGACACAUAAUUCACUGACUGUUCAAGUUUUGCUCUAAAUGUACCU